CUGGCACUUGUCCCUUACUAGCAUCCUGUCGAAAAGUCCAGCCUCUCCAGUCUGGUGUUAUCCCCUAAUCUUCAAGAGAAGUGGACAACACUCUCACCGCCGCAACUUCUGCGAAGGCACUCAUUUUUACCAUCUACACCUCUUCAUCGUUACAUCAGACCUGGCACCGACUUGCCCAUGAAUGUCUCUCGUUCAUCGUCAGGCCGUCUAGUUUUUAUCAGCUUCUUUCUGUCUUACUCUUUCCAGCUCUAGCUUCCCGCCUGACCAGCUCCUCCAUGGCAGCGACCUACGAUGUCGGCACGAGAGCGUGGCAGCCUGACGCCGCCGAGGGCUGGGUGGCCUCCGAGCUCAUCAGCAAGACCGCAGAAGGCCCCAAAACAAAACUAGUCUUCCAGCUCGACAAUGGCGAGACUCGGACCAUUGACGUUUCAACGGAGGCUUUGGAGAGUGGCGGUUCCGAUCCCUCACUACCGCCGCUGAUGAAUCCGACCAUCCUCGAAGCGAGUGAUGACCUUACUAACUUGUCGCAUCUUAACGAGCCGGCCGUGUUGCAGGCCAUUCGAUUGCGCUACCUACAAAAGGAGAUCUAUACCUACAGUGGUAUCGUCUUGAUAGCAACCAACCCGUUUGCUCGGGUUGACUCUCUCUAUGUCCCUGGCAUGGUGCAAGUCUACGCUGGAAAGCAGCGCGCAACGCAGGCCCCUCAUUUGUUUGCGAUUGCUGAAGAGGCUUUCAUGGACAUGAUCCGUGAUGGCAAAAACCAAACCAUUGUCGUCUCUGGCGAAUCCGGUGCUGGAAAGACAGUGAGCGCCAAGUACAUUAUGCGUUACUUCGCCACGAGAGAGGCUCCAGAUAACCCUGGUGCCCGCACCAAGCGAGGAGCCGAGACUAUGAGUGAGACGGAGGAACAGAUUCUGGCGACCAAUCCCAUCAUGGAGGCAUUCGGCAACGCCAAGACUACCCGUAAUGAUAACUCAUCGCGAUUCGGCAAAUACCUUGAGAUCAUGUUUGAUGACAAGACAAAUAUCAUUGGCGCCAAAAUUCGUACAUAUCUGCUGGAGCGAUCACGUCUCGUAUUUCAACCCCUCAAAGAGCGAAACUACCACAUAUUCUACCAGUUGGUUGCAGGCGCCUCAGAUGAAGAACGGGAGGCGCUGCAUAUCCUCCCCAUUGAGCAGUUUGAGUAUUUGAACCAGGGCAACUGCCCAACCAUUGAUGGCGUGGACGACAAAGCUGAGUUUGACGCUACUAAGAAGUCUCUAAGCACCAUUGGCGUGUCCGAAGCACAGCAGUCCGAUAUUUUCAAGCUGCUGGCUGGUUUGCUUCACCUGGGCAACGUCAAGAUCACUGCUUCACGGAAUGACAGUGUCCUUGCUCCAAAUGAGCCAUCCCUGGAGUUGGCCUGUGGCAUACUGGGAGUUGAUGCCACUGAGUUUUCCAAGUGGAUUGUGAAGAAGCAGCUCGUAACUCGAGGCGAAAAGAUUACAUCCAACCUUAGUCAGGCACAGGCUAUCGUUGUGCGUGACUCAGUUGCCAAGUUUAUUUACUCGAGCUUGUUCGAUUGGCUCGUUGAAGUCAUCAAUCUCAGUCUUGCUACAGAAGAGAUCCUGAGCCGCGUCGUUUCGUUUAUUGGCGUCUUAGAUAUUUACGGCUUUGAGCAUUUUGCAAAGAAUUCCUUUGAGCAGUUUUGUAUCAACUACGCCAAUGAAAAGCUUCAACAAGAGUUUAACCAGCACGUGUUCAAGCUCGAGCAAGAGGAGUAUCUACGAGAGCAGAUUGAUUGGACUUUCAUCGACUUUUCAGACAACCAGCCUUGUAUUGACCUGAUUGAAGGCAAGAUGGGCAUUCUCUCUCUUCUGGAUGAAGAAUCGCGUCUUCCAAUGGGAUCAGAUGACCAAUUUGUCACCAAGCUUCACCACAAUUUUGCAACUGAGAAAAAGCAGCCCUUCUUCAAGAAGCCAAGAUUUGGCAAGUCAGCAUUUACCGUGUGCCACUAUGCUGUUGAUGUAACAUACGAGUCUGAGGGAUUCAUUGAGAAGAACCGAGAUACGGUACCUGAUGAGCACAUGGCAGUCUUGCGCGCUACAAGCAACGCAUUCUUGAAACAAGUUUUGGAUGCGGCAUCAGCCGUUCGAGAAAAAGACUUGGCAUCGGCGUCAUCGAAUGCCGUCAAACCUGCUGCUGGUAGGAAAAUUGGCGUAGCCGUAAACCGAAAACCAACUCUGGGAGGAAUCUUCCGAUCCUCCUUGAUAGAGCUGAUGAACACCAUCAACAACACGGACGUGCACUACAUCAGAUGCAUCAAGCCUAAUGAAGCCAAAGAAGCUUGGCAGUUUGAAGGACCCAUGGUUCUCAGCCAGCUUCGUGCUUGUGGUGUUCUCGAGACUGUUCGUAUUAGCUGUGCUGGAUAUCCGACCCGUUGGACUUAUGAGGAGUUUGCUCUGCGAUAUUACAUGCUUGUUCAUUCGAGCCAAUUGACCUCUGAAAUUCGGCAAAUGGCUGAUGCUAUUUUGUCAAAAGCGCUGGGCACCAGCACCGAGAAGGGAAUGGACAAGUAUCAGCUUGGCCUAACCAAAAUCUUCUUCCGCGCCGGUAUGCUUGCUUUCCUGGAAAAUCUACGUACUAGCCGUCUCAAUGAAUGCGCCAUUCUCAUUCAGAAGAAUCUGCGGGCAAAGUAUUACCGUCGUCGUUAUCUGGAGGCUCGAGAGUCCAUCAUACAGACCCAGUCGGCUAUUCGGGCGUAUAUUGCGAGAAAACAGGUUCAAGAAUUAAGAACUAUUCGCGCGGCAACAACUAUCCAGCGUGUUUGGCGUGGAUACAAACAGCGCAAGGAAUUCCUUCGGAUUAGGAAUGAUGUCAUUCUAUUUGAAUCAGUCGCUAAAGGUUACCUUCGCAGGAAGAAUAUCAUGGAGACAAGGGUAGGAAAUGCUGCUCUCAUUAUUCAGAGGGUAUGGAGAUCUCGUAGACAGCUUCGCACCUGGAGACAGUAUCGCAAGAAGGUGGUUUUGAUUCAAAGCCUCUGGCGCGGCAGGAGUGCUCGCAAAGAAUACAAGCACAUGCGAGAAGAAGCUCGCGACUUGAAGCAAAUUUCGUAUAAGCUGGAAAACAAGGUUGUCGAAUUGACCCAGAACCUAGGAUCGAUGAAGGAGAAGAACAAGAAUUUAGUUUCGCAGGUGGAAAGCUACGAGGGCCAGCUCAAAUCAUGGAAGAAUCGCCACAAUGCGCUCGAGGCGCGAACCAAGGAGUUACAAACGGAGGCCAACCAAGCCGGUAUUGCGGUUGCACGCCUUCAAGCUAUGGAGGACGAAAUGAAGAAGCUUCAGCAAGCAUUCGACGAGUCGACUAUGAACAUCAAGCGUAUGCAGGAAGAAGAACGCGAGCUCAGGGAAUCACUUCGCCUAACCAGUUCUGAGCUAGAGACAACCAAAGAGACCAACUUGGAGCGAGAGAGAGAUAAUAUGAGCCUUCGACAGGAACUAGAGGCGCUUCGGGAUGCGUUGGAGUUGGCGAAGCGCAACGGAUCACUCAAUGGUGAUAUCACUAAUGGUGUUAGUACUACGUCAGCCGCAACUAGCGGACUCAUCAAUCUCGUCUCAUCUAAGAAACCGAAGCGCCGAAGCGCUGGCGCGGAGCCUCGCGAGCUGGAUCGCUUGAGCGGAACCUACAACCCUAGGCCAGUCUCCAUGGCUGUUACAAGCUCUCUCAGCCGUCAAAAUCAUCUAUCAGGAUCCACUCUCCUUCCUGGUGUCGAUAAUAUUGAAAUGGAACUUGAAAGUCUUCUUGCCGAUGAGGACGGCCUCAAUGAAGAGGUUACUAUGGGUCUCAUCCGCAACUUGAAGAUACCGUCACCAAACACAAACCCCCCUCCCUCUGAUAAAGAGGUUUUGUUCCCUUCAUAUCUCAUAAACCUGGUAACUUCCGAAAUGUGGAACAAUGGAUUCGUCAAGGAAUCGGAGCGUUUCCUCGCCAAUGUGAUGCAAUCAAUCCAGCAGGAAGUGAUGCAGCAUGAUGGUGAUGAGGCCAUUAAUCCUGGCGCGUUUUGGCUUUCUAACGUCCACGAGAUGCUCUCCUUUGUCUUUUUGGCAGAGGACUGGUAUCAGACACAAAAGACAGAUAACUACGAGUACGACCGCCUGCUGGAGAUUGUCAAGCACGACCUUGAAAGUCUCGAGUUCAACAUCUACCACACCUGGAUGAAAGUUUUGAAAAAGAAGCUGCAAAAGAUGAUUAUCCCAGCCAUUAUCGAAUCCCAAUCCUUGCCAGGAUUCAUUACCAAUGAGAGCAACCGAUUCCUUGGCAAACUGCUACAGUCUAAUUCUGCACCCGCAUAUAGUAUGGAUAACCUUCUCAGUCUCCUGAAUAGCGUUUUCCGGGCUAUGAAGGCCUACUACUUGGAAGAUUCCAUCAUCACACAAACCAUCACAGAACUGCUCCACCUUGUUGGUGUAACCGCCUUUAAUGAUUUGCUCAUGCGCCGCAACUUCCUCUCAUGGAAACGCGGACUCCAGAUCAACUAUAACAUAACUCGUAUCGAGGAAUGGUGUAAGAGUCACGACAUGCCGGAAGGCACGCUGCAACUCGAGCACUUGAUGCAAGCAACUAAACUGCUUCAGCUGAAGAAAGCGACGCUGAACGAUAUUGAAAUCAUUCAAGAUAUUUGCUGGAUGCUUUCACCAAACCAAAUCCAAAAACUCUUGAAUCAAUAUCUUGUUGCCGACUACGAGCAACCUAUUAACGGAGAAAUUAUGAAAGCUGUGGCAUCUCGAGUUACCGAGAAGAGUGACGUCUUGCUUUUACAGGCAGUUGAUAUGGAAGAUAGCGGCCCAUACGAGAUUGCAGAGCCUCGUGUCAUUACGGCGCUCGAAACAUAUACACCAUCAUGGUUACAAACACCUCGCCUGAAGCGACUGGCAGAGAUAGUCUCGGCGCAGGCUAUUGCACAACAAGAAAAACUAGAGACGGGCGAAGUUGAUGGCUUUGACGGCCAUCAGCAAUUGGCCGAAGUUGAAGAAUCUGAGACUGAACAGUGAGCGGAAUCUAGAGAUUGCAUAUCGACAAGUGAUUCACUAUGUUAGAUAAAAGGCUUGAUACGACAAGAGUGUCUGCUAGGGAAUCUGAUCUGUGCAUUGGGAGAGCGGCUAGCGAAUGUUGAAAAAAAAAAAAGGGUUUCUGUCAAGUGGUGACAACAAAUUAUAUUUGGGCAUUUUUUAUGUAUAGAGCGGAG